UGGAGGAGGGACGUGUGAUCAUGAUCAUGGUGGUCUACGUGGAUGACAUUUUUGCCGUAGGGCAGAAGGAGAGAGGUUUGCCGAAGAGUUGGCUGCAGAGUGCGGCAUUGAGUUGGAGGAGCGUGCCCUUGCCUGUGAGCGUGAAGCUCAUCGACUUCGACGAGAACGAAGCGUGCGCUGAUGUCCCUUUUCGCGAGUUGGUAGGAUCUCUGAUGUGGUUGGCCACCCAAACAAGGCCGGACAUCGCGAACGCAGUUCGAGCAGUUGCGCGGUAUUGUGCAUCUCCCAAGAUGGUGCACUGGAAGGCAGCACUCGGUAUUUUAGGGUACGUACGGAGGACGAGUUGGAUGGGGAUUGCGUUUGAGAGGGGAGUGGUGACUGGGAUGAGCGUGCAGGUGUUUGUGGAUGCCGACUAUACAAGCAAAGCGACAGAGCAUAGAUCGGUGUCAGGAGGGCGAGUGAUAUGUGGGGGAGGGUGUGUGACUUGGUUUUCGAGGACGCAGAAGUGCGUUGCGCUUUCCACCACGGAAACACAGUACGUGGCAAUUGCCAAUGUCUUGAAGGAAGUGUUGUUCCUGAGGCAGGUGUGGCGUUUUAUGUUGCCAGAUGCAGGUAUACCGUGCAUCCCGGUGUUCGAGGAUAAUCAGGGAGCGAUUCAGAUUGCGCACAACCCGAUCACGAAUUCCAACCCGAAACACAUCGAUGUACGGCAUCACUUCAUCAGGGAGCUGGUAGAGAGGAAAGAGAUCUCAACUACUCAUGUGCCGACGCAAUUUCAGCAUGCAGAUUUCUUGAAGGCUAUUAGCAAGGUGCCUUUUGCGCCGUGA